AACGUGCUACUUUGUAGCCUAACUUGAAUAAAUGGAUUUGAUUUGGUAUUAUGAAACAAAGUAUUUCUGUCCCAGAUCGAUGAACUUAAAACUACCAUUCGGUAUUAUAAUUUUAAAUUCUAAAAUAUUUUUAACAACAUUUUGAUAUCGGAGCAAGUGAUUUUUCUUCCCUGGUUUUUUUUUGUCGCAUAGCAUUAGUAAUUAGCCGCUGAAGCACUUCGUUCUUCUAUACCUUGAGAUACCUACAUAAAAUAAUGGUAUUAUUAACUACCGAAUCUAUUCAUGACUGAAAAUAAAAUACAGGAUAACGGUUGAUACUGAAACAAAUUUUCGAUUAAUUGGAAAAAUUAUGUUGCAAUACUAUUACAACAUAAUUUUUGAACGUUUUGUUUUUGAGAUAAAAUGGGGUAUAUAUAUAUCGUGCCGCUUAGAACCCCACACUUGUGCUCUUAGCAGUCUAUAGACACAUCAAAAUAACUCAUUUUAUCUAUUAAUACUUGCUUACUUCCUACGUUAUAAUCAUUAUGGCGCCAGUGGUAACACAAGUACUAGAUCCAGUAACCCUGGGCGAGGGUCCGCACUGGCACAGCGAGGACAAUGCGCUGUACUUCAUCAGCGGAGAUGACUCCAUUAACAAGUUUGAGCCAGAUACAGGCAAACACGUUAAAGCCAAGUUAGAGACGUUAGCAAGUUUUAUUCUACCAGUAGAAGGAAAGAAAAACCACUUCUUGAUAACCCAAGGUCGCAAAGUCGUGGAGAUCGAGUGGUCCGCAGGCGAGGGUUCUCCUAAGAUUUUGAGAACUAUUACAGAAGUUGACCACGAAAACCCAAAACACAUGUUCAACGAUGGAAAAGCGGAUCCCCUGGGAAGACUAUUUGCUGGUACUUUACACAGUGAAGCCAAGCCAGGUAGUGCUAUACCCGGGUCGCUGUACCGCAUCGACCCAGACGGCACCACCACCAAGCUGGAAACAGGCAUCCAGUGCUCCAACGGGAUGUGCUGGGAUCUCAAGGAAAAGGCAUUUUAUUACAUAGACUCUUUCUCAAACGCAAUUAGAAGAUACGACUACGAUGUGGCGACGGGAAACAUUUCGAACCUUACUAUUGCGUUUUCAUUGACUGAGAAUGGACUGACUGGCUGUCCAGACGGCAUGACCAUCGACACCGAUGGGAACCUGUGGGUCGCAGUCUUUUGGGGAUCAAACGUUUUAAAAAUAGAUCCCAGAAAGAAGAAACUUCUGGAAACCAUCGAAAUCCCGGUUCCACAAGUGACGUCAGUGACUUUCGGGGGUCACAACCUAGACAUCCUGUACGUGACCACUGCGGGUAUAAACUAUGCUGAUAGAGGAAUGCCGGAUCCCCCAUCGGGAGCAACGUACGCUGUCACAGGGCUCUCCGCCAGGGGGCUCCCUAACCUAAAAGUCCGGCUAAUUUAGGUUUCAAAUUAUUGAGAAUGCCUUUCAUCGCGAAGAUUUAUUAACGAAUGCUAUGUAGAUUAAAUAUUUUUGACGAUA